ACACAUUCAAUGCACAUUCACCCAUCCUUUUCUUUUCACACACGCGCUUACCUCACUUUAAUUCAAAAGCUCUUUCUUUUAAAUUAAAAUAAAAAUUAUUUUAGUUUUCCUUCCCAACUCAAGUCCCUAGUGAAGUCCCACUCUUUGUCUUUUCUUCCCUUUUCCACCACCUACACUGCAUUCUUCUGUCAAAACCCUAGAUUUUCAAAUCUAGGGUUUUGUUUUCUUAAUGUGUUAAUAACAUGAUUCCUCCGGAACUGCCACCUUCCUAGUUUCACUUUUCUAUUUUCAAUCUAAGCUUCUGGUUUUUCUACAUUUUCCCUUACUCUUUCAUGGUUUUUCAAUGGUGAUUCUGUUUGGGCCCUAAAACUGCUUCCUUUCUUUUUUUUUUUCUCUAAUUUCUUUCUAUUGGGUCUUCACAUCUCAUCUUCUUUGUGGUGUUCUUAGGUAAACAAAGCCCUUACAAAACCCUUGUUCUAGCAUUCACUUGACACAAUAUUCGAGCUUGUUAGCUGCUGAGUUUUAGAUCCCCCCUUUCUUUGGUUGAUUUCGGGUUAAAAAUCUAAUCUUUUUGCCAUUUUCAAAGGUAUUUACUUUUUGACAGUAGGAGAAUAGUACCUGGCUCAACCCAUGUGAUUGUGUGCUUUCUCAGCUAAAGGAGUUAACUCUAGUGAAAAGGAUUUGGUUUGAGGAGGAAAAAAUAGUGUAUUUGUCGCAAUUCACAACUCUCUUAGUAAAUGCAUGGAUGGGAGAGAAGCUAUGGCAUUUUCUGGCGGUUCUGCUCCAUAUUACAUGCAGCAUAGGGGAGGGGUUGGAGGGUCUGGUUCUGGAGCACAGAGUGAAGGGUUCCAAGCACCCUCUGGGUUCAGAGCUUUGUCAAGUGUCAGGGGUGACUCUAUAGGUUCUACAUUUUCAGUAGAGCCCCAGCGUGGUAGUUUUGGUCAUGGCAUUAACAUGGGUUCUUCUCCUGAUCAUGGAGUACCUUCUUCUGUAGGUCCUGUGAAAAAGAAAAGAGGGAGGCCUCGUAAGUACGGUCCUGAUGGACCAGUUUCUUUGAGACUCUCUCCCAUGUCUGCCACUGCUAAUUCCAACCCUGCUUCAAGUACUUCUUCCCAGAAACGGCCUAGAGGGCGCCCACCUGGAAGUGGAAGGAAGCAACAGUUAGCCACUCUAGGUGAAUGGAUGAACAGUUCUGCAGGACUGGCUUUUUCACCUCAUGUUAUCACCGUUGGUGUUGGGGAGGACAUUGUAGGAAAGUUAUUGUCAUUUUCACAGCAGAGACCAAGGGCAGUAUGCAUCUUAUCAGGAACUGGGACAGUUUCUUCAGUCACUCUGCGCCAGCCAGCUUCUACUAGCGUCAGUGUUACAUAUGAGGGCCGAUUUCAAAUAUUAUGUUUGUCUGGUUCUUACUUAGUUGCUGAAGAUGGCGGACCUCGCAACAGAACUGGUGGCAUGAGUGUUUCCCUUUCUAGUCCUGAUGGUCAUGUUAUUGGUGGUGGUGUUGCUAGGCUUAUUGCUGCGAGUCCAGUGCAGGUUGUAGUAUGCACUUUUGUUUAUGGAGGCUCUAAGCCAAAAGCUAAGCAAGGGAAAGAUAGUGGUUCAGAGCCUCAGAGUAGUGAUAAGUUAGCUUCUCCAGCCAGUGCCCCACCUAAUCAAAACUACAACUCUUCUUCUGCAGCAGGCAUUUGGCCUGGAUCAAGACCGGUAGAUGUGAAAAGUCCACAUCCACACACUGGUAUUGACUUGACGCGUGGGUGAAAUUUUAUUCUGGAAGAGACAUUGCAGUUUUGUGUAUAUAUUAUAUAUAUAUACAUAUCUCUUGUUGUAAAUGAACCGAAUUUGUGAGCAUUGUGACUUGCUGUGACAAGUUCGCACUAACCUAUGCUGUAACAAAUGGAUCAUUUCAGGGUUAAGUAACAAUCUUGACAUAUACAAUGUUUUGUUGAAAUGAUAGGCAAAUAGUCAAGAUUAUGCUGUGUUAACUGUUGAGCCUGAGCUUAACAAGUAAUAGCACAUCUACCAUCUCACUUUGAUUACCGCAAAUAUAACAUUAACAUUUUCAGGGCUU